AAAAUCGAGUGCUAAAGAAAAAAAUAUAAUCUUUUUCUCAAAAAUUUUAGUUUUGCUACUGUUUUUGUAAUAAGAAAGUGAAUUAGACUAGUUUUGUGUAAGUGUGCAUACUGUGCUGGUAGUGUAUAGCGAAAAAGUAACUAAAUUUGUGAAAAAUAUCCAGAAAAACAAUCUGGACCUAUAAGGAAGCUUGGUCAGCAAAUAGGUCAUAUUCUGAAUAAUGGCUGGAAAUGUAGUGAGGAUGUCUCAGCCAGGAACGCCAGCCACAACUCAACCAAGCUACAUGAAAGUAUUUAUCCAGCGAGAUUACAGCGAGGGCACUUCUGUCAAGUUCCAGACAAGAUUCCCCCCUGAGCUCGAGAGUCGAAUUGAUCGACACACAUUCGAGAGCACGAUGAACAAAUUAAACGAAUACUUCGCAGAGGCGGAAAAAGGCUCCUGUAGCACCUAUUGUGAAGGCUGCUUGGCAUGCAUUACAGCCUAUCUGAUUUACAUUUGCACCGAGACACAUUACGAAAAGUGCUUACGUAAAGUUUCCAAAUAUAUUGCAAUGCAAAACGAACGUGUCUACAAUCCAAAAGGACUGCAAAUCACCGAUCCGGUGUGUCGAGGCUUACGAGUUAUAGAGAUCUCAAUACUGGAUCGACCUGGCCGUACGUGACUGCCGCUGUCACAUUCCACGGAGGAAUUCUUUAUGUAAAGCUAAAAGGAGUUAUACAAAAAAACGAAAACUGACAUAAUACAACCAGCAUUAUUACGAUACUGGACAUGGAAAGUAAGGAUAAGAGUUUAAAGAGCGCAUGAUGAUAUGCAUUGUGAGUCAUGCCAAUAGGAACCGUAAUAUAUUACCACUUAGCGGCUUUUACCCUGAGUGGUCAAUCGAUGGAAGCGAGUCAUUUAAACUUAGGCUAUUGGUGUGAAUCAAAUGAGAUAAGAGUGAUAACAAGAGUUGUAGCUUUUGUCAAAUUUGGCAAACUUAAAGUUAGCGGUACAUAGCAAAUGUAGAUGACAAUUAUGGAUAAACUAAACGAGGUGGUGUAAUGACUGUCGGCUGCAUCCAAUGGCCAUAAGAGUUUAUGUUUAGUUUUUUUUUUAUAUUCAGCCCUGUUUAUGGCGUUGUCAUGCUUUGUUCAAUUGGUAAUGGUUUCUUCAAGCUGGAAUAUUUUGGCAAGCAAAUUUCUAAAAGAUUUUCCAUAUCUCCGUUUUAUUACUAAAGCUGUUGCAAUUUUCAGUAUCGUGGAAAUAAAAUAAUUCGAAUCGACUCGACAAUUACCAGAAAAUGAAGGCAUCAUAAAACUCUAGAAUCAAAAGAUCACUGAUUCGUGUGAAAAUGUAUAAACGUUU